AUGGCAAGGCUGAGCAUUUCUCCCCUUAUGGUGAUUUUGUUUCUGGGAAGCGCAGCAGUCACCAUCUUACCAGGACUUGCAGUCCCAGCACCAUCACCAGCACCUGCACAGCAGCAUUUGUUAGAAUGUGCGGACAAACUCGGAGACUGUGGCAAACUAGUAUACUUAGCCGUAUUCGUCAAUGGAACUACUGUCACCAAGGAUUGUUGCACUCGGCUUCUAUCUGUGGGCAAACAAUGUCACCAUGAUUUGAUUGUAUAUGCUACUCAGAGGCCUACUUUCAAAGGAAACGUUUCUGAAAUUUUGGAUAAGAGCGAGCAAGUAUGGAAUGGUUGUGUUAAUUCCACUCCGGCAUCUCUUUUCCACUGA